AUGAUGAAAAACGAAAAAAACGUUUUGAAAAUUAAAACAUUUUUCCAUUCAUUGAAAUUGUGAUUCUUCGAAUGAAAGUGCGAACACAACUUAAUAAUGAAAAUUAUCAUUCCACACUACGAUCUGUUAUUGAAAAUAUGGAUUUCAAUCAAUUAUCCGAUAAUGGGUUCCGAGAUGAUAUCAAACAAUUGACUGCUGUUGAUCCAGAUGAUCUGAAUGAUUGUUAUGAUAGUUCAUUUGGAGAACGACAUUUAAAUAUAACUAAUAUGGAUUUGAUUAGGAUUAUCGAAGGAUAUUUUAAUACACCGGAGCAAAUGCAGCUAUUAUCAAUGGAAUUAUUGAAUGAUAAUCAGAAAAUACACCAAUUAUUGCAGAAACGAUUCGAAAUUCUGGCUAAAAAUAUAUUGCAGUUAGCUAAAGAGAUUCUGAAAUGUUUGGAAAGUCCAAAAGAAAAACGUUCUCGUCUAGGCAUAACAUCGAUUUCACAUCUGUCUGCAGAAGAAUUCCAAUCACUUUUGGAUAAUCAAUUAUAUGAUUCAAUGAUGAAAGCAAUGCGUCAAAAUCAAAUCAUCAUCAUCAUCAAAAUUGAAAAUGCAUUUCCGACGCAUCCAAAUCUACAAAUACCAAUGGAUUAUAAUUGGGCUGACCAUAACGCUGUAACGCCGAUACGUCAUCAACAUAAAUGUGGUAGUUGUGCAGUAUUCUCUGCAGUUGCAACAGUUGAAAGUGCAUAUCUUAUCCAUCACGGGCGACAACGAAUUAUCACCACAUCGAUUGAUUUAAGUGAACAAUCAGUUCUUGAUUGUUUACCAUAUGGUAUUUGCCAACGUGGAUCAUUAAUUGACCAAUCAUGGAAAGUUAUCAAACAAAACGGAAUAACAACUGAAAAAGAGCGACCAUAUCUGGCACAACAAACUGGUCAAUGUAAUCGCAAUCCUGAGUCACCAGUAUCUAUACGAAGUUGGUUUCAAUGUUCACCUGAUUCACAGAAGAAUCAAUUCAACGAUUAA